GCCUACUCCGGUUGCCAUGGAGACGAGACGCGCCGGAUGGCGGCGGGCUUAGGCUGAGGGAGCGCCAUGGCCAAGAACAAGAACAUAAGCUACAAAGGGCCCUAUGGUUACCAAAAGCUGAAAGAACGAGAAGGCCGCGCUUGCAUCCGAUUUAAGUGUGCCCUCACAAAUACCAUCUUGGACGUCCUUCGUCAGAGACCAGGAUGGGUAGAAGUGAAAGAGGAAGGUGACUGGGACUUCUACUGGUGUGACGUCCGCUGGCUUCAGGAGAACUUUGACCACACCUAUAUGGACGAUCAUGUUCGCAUCAGUCACUUCCGCAAUCACUAUGAGCUGACUCGGAAGAACUACAUAGUGAAGAAUCUGAAGCGGUUUCGAAAGCAGUUGGAACGGGACUCUGGGAAGCUGGAGGCCACGAAGUGUGACUUUUUCCCCAAGACCUUUGAGAUGCCCUCGGAAUACCAUCUGUUUGUGGAAGAGUUUCGCAAGAACCCCGGCAUCACCUGGAUCAUGAAGCCGGUUGCCAGGUCUCAAGGGAGAGGCAUUUUUCUCUUCCGGAAACUCAAGGAUGUGAUUGACUGGAGGAAGGUGAGAUGCCUCCAUCUUCUCACCUCUCAGCCCACCUUAAAGCUUUGCUGGGAUGGCGUCCGCCUAGAUGACCAGAAAGAUGAGAUCCCAGUAGAGAAUUAUGUGGCUCAGCGCUAUAUCGAGAACCCGUAUUUAAUAGGUGGCCGGAAGUUCGACUUGCGGGUGUAUGUCCUCGUGAUGUCGUACCUCCCACUUAAAGCCUGGCUGUACCGAGACGGCUUUGCUCGCUUCUCCAACACGCGCUUCACCUUGAAUACCAUCGAUGACCACUAUGUUCACCUGACAAACGUAGCUGUGCAGAAGACAGCCCCUGACUACGAUCCUGAGAAGCAGGGCUGCAAGUGGAUGAUCCAGCAGUUCCGCCUCUACCUGACAGCCAAGCACGGGGCGGAAGCGGUGGAAGGCCUCUUUGCCGAGAUGGACAACAUCUUCAUCAAGACCCUGCAGAGCGUGCAGAAGGUGAUCAUCAGUGACAAGCACUGCUUCGAGCUCUACGGCUACGACAUCCUGAUCGACCAGGACCUCAAGCCCUGGCUCCUCGAAGUCAACGCUUCUCCAUCCCUCACCGCCAGCAGCCAGGAGGAUUACGAACUCAAGACCCAUCUUCUUGAGGACACGUUGAACAUAGUGGACAUGGAAGGCAGGUUGACAGGGAAGGAAAAGCGUGUCGGGGGCUUUGACCUUAUAUGGAAUGACGGUCCCAUCAGCAGAGAAGAUGGGAACCUGGACACACCCAUGAAUGGCUUUGUGGCAAACACACAUUUAGGCUACAACAAUGACAGGAAGAAACAGCUGAAGCGGCUUUACAAGUCUAUUCAGACACCACAGAAAGUUUAACAGGCAGCCAGAGCCUUGCAAGAGGGACACUGUCAAGAGCGAGCCAAGGGCUUGCAGGCUGCUCUUUUCCGUUGCAAAGCUAAACUUGGGCCCCUUGCCAGCUCUGCUGCCUAAGCGUGCAGCCAGCGAGAGAUGGCCCCUGCUUUUUGAGAGCGGCAGGCCAGUCCCUCGGACAAGGACGGCUGUUCCCGGGGCAGACUGACCACAGGCACAGAAUUGUUUUUAUCCGGAU